UAUUUUUAGCUGAGCAAUACUCUACAGAUGCUGAACAGGACGAGCAGCGGUGCGUGUGCCAUAAAUGAUCGCGCUUAAACCUUCAGAUCUGUUGAAUGAUGCAUUCUAGCGCUUGAUCUCCCUUUCGAUAUUGGCGCUUUCGGGAAACGGGCGCCUGGAUGCUACAAAACAAAACCUACCGGAGCUUAUGACGAGGGGAUGAGGUGUGCCAUCAUGGAUUUCUGAAAAGGCUUCGAGGACCGAAAAUGGACGGAAAUAUAUUGCUUUAAAUCGCGAGCAGGCCCCAGAGCGUCCAGUGCGCCUCUCCGGUGCGUCUUUCUUACGUUUGCACCUAAAACGUACCCCUUUCUUUGAUUUCUAGACCCUCCAAAAAGCCUUCAAGACGGACGGGAUAGUGGAGCACCGAGGCAAAAACCGUGCCAACAUGCGGGAGAGGGACUUCAUGCCCAACAUGGAGCGGGGCAAGCCGGCUACGUACACGGGGGACAAGAAAGCCAAGAUGGCCGCAAAGACCAACAAAAAGUGGGUACGGCUGGCCACCGUGUUUGCCUACGUGCUCUCCGUGUCCCUGGCGGCUAUCAUACUUGCCAUUUAUUAUAGCCUAAUAUGGAAGCCGACAAUCCAGGGUUCAGGGGUGCCAGCCUGGUCCAAAGGAAACAACAGCGCAUCCACGAACGCUUCGAACAGCGUUAACGGAACCAGCGCCAAUUUCACUGAAGCGGACAACGGCACGAGCGCAAAUGGUACGCAAAUAAACUUGGGGCUUAAUGCGACUGGCACCGGAAACGACAGUACGGCCGCGGAGAUUGAAGAAAGAGCGCGCUCCUACUCGGCCGCCAUUGAAUACACGCCUGCCAGCGAACAGAUGAAACAAACCGUGUUUGAACAGUACAGAUAUGAUCAAAACUCGGGAAACGUCACGAGUCCGAGCGACGCAAAAAGGGAAAAGCGCGAGUCGGUACCAGAGAAAUAUGCGCGCUCUCGAAACGAGCCUAGUGAACCGGAGCAGAGAGGACAAGAAUAAUCUAAACUGUUUAAACUUACACUUCAAACCGCAUGCUGCCACAUAAAUAAUGUGCAAAAGCAGUAGAAUUUCGUCACACUAUUUAGUGCGGUAAUGUGCGGUUUAGGACGUGUCGUAGUAAACUCAGUUUGGUGCAUAGUGGAGAGCGCGCGCGGCCGAAUCUGACAGCUAUAACGGGUCCGUGGAAUUAAGGUGAUGUGGAAGUAUUGUACGCAUGGUGCAUGGACGCCAAUUUCAUUUUGCUAACGCACAGCAAAGACUUGGUUAUAUUUUUUUAAAACAUUUUCAUGUAACAUAAACUGUCCAAAGUUUUAAUCUUUUAUUUUAAGGGUACAUGAGACCUGUUUGAUGGACACUAAAUUGAAGACUGUUUGAUAGCCAUCCAGCUUCCCAAAUCACCUCCGUGCGCUUGCAUAGUUUCUAAACAGUAUAGCCUGCCAUACGUAUUUAUUUGAACUGCAGUACGAAAAUAAUUAACAGCAUCUCAGUUUUAUUUAGAAGAAAAUAGUUUACAUUGAAUUUCUUUGGAACAAUGUCCAUAUAGCCUCUCAGUUAUACAGGAUUCCUUGUUCAGAGGAACCUGUGUCGAGUUUCGCUCAGGUAUGUGCAAAUGUUCAUGUAAAUGUAUUCUGUAUUUGGUACAUAUAUAUAUAUAUAUAUAUAUAUAUAUAUAUA